UGUGCAGGGAACACGAUCUGGUGUAGCUCUAGGAGGAGGGGAUAGGGACAGAUACCAAACAGGCCAUCGGGCAGUGACCUGGUCCAGGUGUCAAGCUGCAAGAAAGGAAGGCAAGAUACAGGGUUUGGCCCUGGCAAGCCCGUACUCAGGCUGAAGUGCCAACCUGGGCCUAGCACUCUGCGAGUAGCCCCUUGGCACAUUGUGAGGGAGAGCCUGAGCAUCAUUGUGACCCACCCACUCAUCCUCAGGAACCUCUGAGUCAGGUAGAUGGGCUGGUGGACCCUGGGCACAGUGGGCUGGGGGCCUAAGGGCCCUGGUGGCCCUAGAGACCACCAUGGCCGUGGCUGAGCAUCCAAAGCCUGAGUGGGCCUUGUAUCACAGCCCCCACCCCACCAACACCUGCGAGGAUGUGGGCAAUUCCAUCCUACUGCUGCUAGGCCUCAUCAUCUGCCUUAACAUCGGCAUCAAUGUGGUGACCCUGCUCUGGAUUCGAGUCCGUGUCAUCUUACAACAAUUGUUCCAUAACAUUUGUGAGAAAGAAAUUGCUAAGUCAUCCUCACCCAGGAAGCCAACCCAUCGGAAGAAGCAGAGCUCAGCAGCAGUCCGUCUUCGAUGCACCAUGGACCCCGUGAAGAUGACUGUGACGCCCCCACCCACCCGUCACCGUCGCCCUCAAGCCUCUCCGUUUUACCGUGCCCACGGCCCCGAGGCUUGGACCCCUGACACCGACGAUGAAAAGCCCCCAUAUCAGAACCCGACAAUCUGUUCCCACCACGGGGAAGGCCCCAAGGUAUGGGAAGGCUUCCAACCCACCCCAGAGACCUGGGAUUCCUGGACUCAGGACAGUCUGGAGCCACCUCCCCAUACCAUCCGCUUCCAGCCAACUACUGAGAAAAAGCCACUCAAAACAGAGCUCCUGUCCAAGCAGAGCCUAGAGGCCUAUGUGUACCCAGUGAACCCUUUGCCUCCCAGUGGGGAGGCCGUGGAGCACAGGAACCCUGGGCCGGGGGCGGAGGCUGAGGCGGCCCAGUGCCAGCCUGCCCCACCACCCUUCCUGGGCCCGGCGGUCAUCCCCGAUGUUCCCAGGCGACGCUCCUCAGUUCGAAUAGUGUACGAUGCCCGAGAUGUGAGGCGGCGGCUUCGGGAGCUGACCCGGGAGGUGGAGGCCCUGUCCCACUGCUAUCCCUUUGUGUCUGGAUCCAGCGUGGCCGAGGGGACAGACAAGGACUGGGUAUAUCGUUCUGUGGCAGGGAGGUGAUGGGAAGAAAGUAAACAGGAGAGAGAGAGUUCGUGGUGGCACGUGGGGGUGGAAGGCAGGGCCCACGCAGCACCCCCAAGCCCUGGCUGCUAAGGGAAUGGUCUCUCUGGGAUAGGACCGAAAGCAUAGGGACCCUCAUCAGCCUCUUGCCCUCACAGGCCCUUUCCUUGGCUUUUUCCAGUGCCUUCUUGAUUCCAAGUUUUCGGCUCCCCUCUUCUCUGUUUUCUGUAGUACCCAGAAAAUUCUGCUUCCAAAGCUUGCUCCAGGUCCUCAAAUAGUUCCACAUGGAAGGAAAGAUCCCAUCCCCGUGACCCCAACUCCUUACAAAUCUGGUCCUGGCCAGACCUCAGGUGUAGGCUACAGCCCUACGGGGACUCCUGGUUCCCUCCCAUACACUGGUUUCUUUAGGGUGAGGAGAGGGUCUCUAGUCCCUCACAGUGCCCCUGAGCAAAGCCUAAAGCUUCUGUAUCCUAUGCAGGCUUGAAGCAGAAGGCAAAAACACAUACUGGAAACACUUUUAAGAGGUGCCUGAGUACACCACCACAUCCCUCUGUGGCCCUGUUCUUAUUGAGACUGAGGUUCAAUAGGGCCAGGGAUUCAGCUCAGCUGUGUAAGCGCCUGCCUGGCAAGCUCAAGGUCAUGAGUUUGAUCCCCAUUACCAAAGAAAGAAAGAUUGAGGUUCUGUUGGUUUUUUUUUUUUUUUUUUUGUCUUUUUCAUUUUUUUUUUUUUUUUUUGUCUUUUUCCUUUUUUAUCGGUACCGGGGAUCGAACUCACGACUGCCUGCUUGCAAGGCAGGUGCUUAUGCCGCUGAGCUAAAUCCCCAGUCCCUUCUAGUAACCUUAUAAAGUACAAACUGACAUAGUCUCCAUUUUACAGAUCAAAAACAGGUAAAAGAAGAUUAAAUUAUUUUUUGGGGGUGGGUUGUCUUUUUCCUUUUUAUCGGUAUCGGGGAUCGAACUCACGACUGCCUGCUUGCAAGGCAGGUGCUUAUGCCACUGAGCUAAAUCCCCAGCCCCAGGGUUGAGGUUCAAAAACACCAAAUGACUUGCUCUGGGCACACAGGUGCCAGGGAUCUAGUUCACGGUCUCCAGGGUUUAAUUCCUCUGCUCCUCCGAGUGGAUACAUUCCCUUGGCACCAAGUCAGACUAGCCGACUAGUGUCUCUAACCUGCUUCAGUUUACCAAUGAUUCCCUCAGAAUAUUCUGUCUGCUAGGCAGCAAGGAAACGUGGGCCCUCUGUACUCUGGGAGGUUAGGAUCAUACGCACGUGCACAUGUAGAGUUUGGGAACAGAGUCCUAUGAGUGAGACCAGACCCUUAUCUCCCGUGCUAGACGGGUUCUGGGUAUGUGAGAUUUCUGUCAAUUGUCCUAAGUAGGACAUUUACAUCCAACUAAUGCCAUGGAUAAUUCUAACUGGUUCCAUUCAGUGGGUACAUACUAAGCUUCUACUAGGUGUGUGAAGGCCUUGAUGGCAUUUCUGAGCAGUUUACUGUGUAAUGAAUUACUGGCCAUCCUCAGAGAGUGCCCUUUCACACACUCCAGUGACACACACACCUAGUCUACAUGGAAAACUCCUGUCACGUCAGUAAUUACAUCCAUUUUGCUGAGUAUCGUGGUGCACACCUGUAAUCUUGCUACUCGGGAGGCUCAGGCAAGAGGAUUGCCAUAAAUCUGAGGCCAGCCUGGGCCACAUAGCUAGACUAUGUCUCUCUCUUUUUUUUAAUCCGUACUGGGCAUCGAACUCACGACCGUGCGCUUCCAAGGCAGGUGCUUAUGCCACUGAGCUAAAUCCCCCAGACUAUGUCUCAAGAGAAAAAAAACAAAUAAAUAAACUAUACCUAUUUUAUGCUGUUAA